AUGUCGCACAACGCCCUUUAUGUUACCCCUCGUGCGGUACCGUACUGCACCCUGGCCAUCGCCAACGCCUUCAAGGACCUGACCCCGAAGCAGCGCCACUACGCCCAUCACAUGAUGGCGGCGGGGUGGUGCGGCGCCCCGGUGGUGGCCGAGCAGCUGAGUCCCGAGUCUCUGCCGCUCCUGCGUCUCUUCUUCAAGGUACUCAGUGUCCAGCCGCUGGACGCCUUCAAGGCGAACAGCGUCGACGCCGGCGUCGACCCCGAUGAGGUGAAGCAGUUCCUGGAAUACGUCGCGAUGGUCUACUCGAACAUGGGCAACUACAUUUCCUUUGGCGACACGAAGUUCGUUCCAUCGAUUCCGAAGGAGAGCUUUGCGAAGAUCGUGGCGAGCGCGGAGGGGUCUCCGGCGGUGGAUGCGCAGCUGCUGGACGCCAUCUACAGCCUGGACGACGACAAGCUGACGCUGGACUUCCCUCCCAAGGGACUUACGCGGUACUACAGCCCAAACGUCACCCGCGAAGACGCCGCUGUCGCGAACGACUUCCUGGCGUCGAAAAAGAUGGACGGCGUCAACACACGCGUGUUCAAGGAGGAAGACGGCACCCUCGUCAUCCGCGUCGCGGCGGCGACUGAGAAGACGGUGCCGGCGGAGAAGUUCAACGGCCGCGCCAUUGCAAUGUACUAUGGCGACUACAAGGAGGAGAUGGCCCGCGUCGUGGCGGAGCUGCGCAAGGCGCAGCCGUACGCGGAGAACGAAACGGAGGUCCGUAUGUUGAACCACUACGUCGCGCACUUCCAGCAUGGCGACGUGGACGCGCACAAGGAGAGUCAGAAGGAGUGGGUGAAGGAUGUGGGGCCGACGGUGGAGACGAACAUCGGCUUCAUCGAGUCGUACCGCGACCCCUCCGGCGUGCGUGCGGAGUGGGAGGGCUUCGUGGCGGUGGUGAACAAGGAGCAGUCGAAGAUGUACGGCGCACUGGUGGCACAGGGCGAGAAGUUCAUUGCUCAGUUGCCGUGGGGCAAGCCGUUCGAGAAGGACGUCUUCUCCAGCCCCGACUUCACCAGCCUUGACGUCCUGGGCUUCGCGAGCAGUGGCAUUCCGGCCGGCAUCAACAUCCCCAACUACGACGACAUUCGUCAGACCGUCGGCUUCAAGAACGUGUACCUGUCCAACGUGGUGAGCGCGAUGACCUUCAAGGACAAGCUGAACUACAUCACAGAGGCGGACUGGGAGCUGUACAAGACGAGCAUUCUUGCCGCGACCUCGGUGAACGUCGGCAUCCACGAGCUGCUGGGCCACGGCACAGGCAAGCUGCUGUCGGAGAACAGCGACGGCACCUUCAACUUUGACAAGAACACGGUGGACCCCAUCAGCGGCAAGCCCGUCGCCACGUGGUACAAGCCCGGCGACACGUAUUCGAGCGUGUUUGGCAGUCUUGGAAACUCGUACGAGGAGUGCCGCGCUGAGGCGGUGUCCCUGUACCUCUGCUUGGUGCCGGACCUGCUGGAGAUCUUCAACCUCAAGACAGCGAAGGAGCAGCAGGAUGUCAUCUAUGUCUGCUGGCUGAACAUGGUGCGCGCCGGCCUGGUCGGGCUCGAGUUCUACACCCCGGAGAAGCACCAGUGGCGUCAGGCGCACAUGCGGGCCCGAUUCUGUAUCCUCCAGGCGCUGGUCCGUGCACCGAACCCCAUUGUGCAGAUCACCGAGAACGCCGAGGAGGGCGUCCUCAUCACACUUGACCGCGAGCGCAUCGCCACGGACGGGCGCCAGGCGAUCGGGGACCUGCUCGUGAACCUCAAUGUGAACAAGGCGACCGCCGACGCGAAGCGCGGCGGGGCCUACUUCGAGAACAUGACGGUCGUGAGCGACCAGUACGUCCACUACCGCGACAUCAUCAUGGCGCGCCGCAAGCCGCGCAAGCAGUACGUCCAGCCACACACCUUCAUCAGCGGGGAUACGGUGGAGGUGCGGGAGUUUGCCGGGUCGGUAGAGGGGGUCGUGGAAUCCUUUGUUACCCGACACCGCGAGAUCCCGCUGUAG